CUUUCAAGAACUGUCAUCGGUCACGCCUUACUAGAUCUGUCAAGUAAAUGUCAACACGUUGAGCAAGCAAACCGCGACAGUGUCGUGAUAGGAAACUCGUUUAUUUUUUUAGUUUUUAAUUAUAAAUAGACCUAAAAUGUAUUACGUAAAGUGCAAAAACUUGAUCUAUAAUCAAUAAUACGUUUUUAAUUUAGUAUUUCAUUUGUGUAGAAUAAGUUAAAACAGUGAAAAUGUUCAAUUACAAGUACCUCAGCCGCGAACACCUUGAAGGGUUCGAUAAUUAUAAGUAUAUGGCCAUAGACACCAGUCCCCUGAGUGUGUAUGUUAUGCAUCCUUUUUGGAACAAAGUUGUAGAGUUCGUACCAAAAUGGGUGGCACCCAACGUAUUAACGUUCGGCGGGUUUUUGCUCGUCGUACUGAACUUCCUACUUCUCUCGUACUACGACUACGAGUACUACGCCGCCAGUACGCCGCUGUACAACGAGACCGUCACCGAGUCGCCUUUGAACGGCCAUGUUGAAGUAAUACCGCAGUCCUUGUGGUAUUUCAUUGGGAUUUUCUUGUUCUUGGCUUAUACUUUGGAUGGUAUUGACGGCAAGCAAGCCCGUCGCACUCAGACCUCAGGUCCACUCGGAGAGCUGUUCGACCACGGCCUAGAUUCAUACACAGUAUUCUUUAUACCUGCCUGCCUGUACUCCAUAUUCGGCCGGCUAGACUACUCUAUACCGCCUAUCAGAAUAUACUACGUGAUGUGGAAUCUCCUGCUGAACUUCUACAUCAGCCAUUGGGAGAAAUACAACACCGGCGUGCUGUUUCUACCCUGGGGAUACGACUUCAGUAUGUGGGCAUCAACAGCGUUCUUCCUAUGGACGGGUGUGAAAGGCACGGGUUUCUACAAGAAGUAUAUAUUCGCCGGGUACACAUUAGCGAACGUCUUUGAAGUAUUAAUCUACGCCACGGGAGUCGUCACCAACUUACCGGUCGCUCUCUAUAAUAUUUUCAAGUCAUACAAACUGCGCACAGGCAAGAUGCGUUCGACAACGGAGGCGUUGCGCCCCCUGUGGUCGUUUGUAACGAUGUUGGUGGUCUGCUCCGUGUGGGUGCACAAGUCGAGCCGACUGCCCGAGUACGACCUCAGGGUGUUGUUCCUUCUCAUCGGGACGCUGUUCAGUAAUGUUGCUUGUCGCCUAAUAGUAAGCCAGAUGAGCAACCAGCGCUGCGAGUCGGUGAACGUGUUGCUCUGGCCGCUGUCGGCGGCGGCCGCCCUGUCGCUGCUGCAGCCGCAGUACGAGCCUACCGCCUUCUACGGCGUCACCUUACUCACUGUACUCGCGCAUAUACACUACGGGGCUUGUGUUGUACGUCAAAUGUGCGAUCACUUCAGAAUAAACUGUUUCUACAUAAAGCAGAGGUCAGAUUGACUCUUAGACGACAAUGCGUGUUAGUAACAUAACAUUAAAAUACAGGUCCCAUCAGUAACUUAACAACAUCAUGUACACUCGGCCUUACAUAACCUAAACUUAACAAUGUGGGGACUAGAUUAUUUUAAAAAUGUCACUAGCAAACCCCGCGACCUCCGUUUUGCCACAAAGAGUUUCUCUGUUUUCCUGCUUUUCUUUUAAAUUUUAACUUUUAAACGAAUGCAAAACCGUAGAAAUCGGUUCCAGCGUUCUUUAGGAAGGAAACCCCGACUUAUUUUUAUAUAACAGAUUAGAAAACUUGAAACGGGAUAUUUACCACGUUGCCAUGUUUAUUAAUUUCUAUGAGUUUCGAGUUCAUCCGUGAUCAUGGCGCUUGCAUCAGUGCCGAAUAAUCGGAAACUCAUAUAAAUUAAUAAACGUUUUAAGUUCUAAUGAUAUUGUAAGUGACCAUGUCAGUUUAAAAGGUUAUAUUUAAAAAAUAUUAUAUUAUAUGUAUUUAAGGUUCAAAUUAUUAAUUAAUAUUUGACUGUUGUUUACUUAUAAUAUCGUCUCGGACCAGUGACAAGGUUUCCACACUGUUGGCGAUAGUGUAAGGCGCUCUUUGCAAGACUCUAAAUCUCAGUGGCGCCAUCUGGUCAUAACAAAAGAUAAAUAUUAUUUGAUACCAGUGAAAUAUUCAAAAUCGUAGUUUGGAAAAACUGUUGCUCUUUAAAAUAAUCUAGUUUCCAUAAUUACAUCACAUUGGGCUGUUUAUUUUGUUAUUAAAAAAAUAUUUUGAUAGUAAAAUAAACAUUCAAAACCACAAUAGAACUGCUUACUAGUAAUAAAUACUGUUCCUUCAAUUAAUUAAAAAAAAACUCUAGUUAUAGAAAAACAGAAAGUACAUUAUGUUGUUAUUAUUUUAAAAGAAAAAAAUGUUAUGUUAUUUUUAUAAGGAUUGUACACACAGGAGAUAAGUAUAUUUUAUGAAAUAAUCGUACAUACAUUCAACGUUACAUACAUACAUUAAAUACAUAUUCAAAUAAAAGUAUAAUAUUUGCUAUAACAUUUUGUGUAACUGUCAUCUGUCACUUUGACAUAUUGGUUUUUUUAAUAGUUUUUUUCACAAGUCAUAGUCAACCUUUUUUCAUAAUUAUGUAUUGUUUUUUGUGCCAAUGUGUACGUCUUUAUUUUAAAGGGUUUAUAACGCGCAUUGUCCUUUGAUUAUUUUUGUGAAAAUCCGGCCUUAACUGGUUUAUUUUUGAGGACUUUUGAAAUCAAGUUCUUAAUUUUUUAUGUUCUUAAGUUUUUACUUGAGUGUGAAUCAAAAAUGUUUUAAGUAUUAACAGGUUGUCUGUCUUUUUCGGUAUUUUUUUACCUAAAUAACCAUUUUUUUUUAAGUUGAGGAAUGAGUCAUUUAGUUCGUUUUGUUUAUGUAAUUUCUACCUAGUGUUUUGAAACAAAAUCUCCGCAAGAUCUGUAAAUUAAUUUAGGUAGCAUUAAACUUAUUUAUUUUUCCGUUUAUUUGGUGAAAUCGAAAUCAGUUGUUGAAUUAGUUGUUUCAAAAUUACGAAAUAUGUACUUUAGAAUUUAUAAAAUUAUUUUUUGUUUAACUCAUUCCUCAGUUUUUAUUAUAUGUACCUUAUUAGUGAACAACCUUAUAAGAAAAUGAGAACCUUCUCCUUUUUGGGAAGUCCGUUCAAAACUUUUUAACCGACUUUACAAAAAGAGGAGGUUGUCAAUUCGAGUGAUGUUUUUUUUUCUUGUAAGGUUAGGACAUCAAUAAAGUAAGAAUUUACUAUUUUACUUUUGUUAGUCGACCAAGUUAUUUUUUUAGUGAUAUUUGGUUUUAAUUAUUUAGUAUACCUACAUCAAUAAUUUCAACUACAAAAUUGCCGUUUCAUAGCGGCCAUUUCAUAAGAAAAUUAAAUAAUUGAAAUUAAAAUAUUUUAUUUUAUAAUUUAGUUUGUAAGUGAAAAAUGAGAUUUUAAGCAAAAUGUCGCAUUUUUUUCUUUAUUUUUAGCGUUAUAUGUGUAGCACCGCCUUAUUAAGCAAUUAGAUGUCGUUUUGUAUAUUUCGUCUUUAACAUAAAUUAAAUUUAAAUUAUUCAGUAUUUUUUAACCAAAAUUAUUGUACCUAUGUCUUUUCAAAUUCCAAAACUACUAAAAUAUACCUAUGUCUAAAACAUUUCCAAAAAAUAAGACUAUUAACAUAGAAAAAUUCCUUUAAAAAAUCAAUUUGAAAAAAUGUAUUGUUUAGUUAAAAUUCUAACCUAUUUUAAUGUUUGUUUUACUAACAAAUUAUAAAUAUUUUUACUCCCAAACUUACUAACGAAUGCUGGUACCUUCAGUAUUAAGUGAAUAAACCCACCAGUUAAACCUGUAAUAUUAUUUAAACCUCCUAUUUUAAUCAAAAAGAUUUCAUAUAUGUUUUAAUCAAAAUUAUUUGUUGAAUAAAAUGGAUAUAUUGUAUUGUAACCAAACUACUACACUACUACUACAAAAAAAACCGUACAUUUACGAUAAUUAUUGAGCAUUCUACUAUUUAUUCCAAUUGCUAAACAUCAAUGAAACAGUUUAAAAUCAUAAAGCUACCGUAAGAUGUCAGUUUUUUCUUAAAUCAUUCAUAUUAACGGUCAUUUUUAUACAAAAAACAUCAUGUUUUUCUUUAGAUAGUUUUUUUUUUUUAUAUAACUUCACAAUAAUAUUGAAUAAUAUCGGCUAUAUACUACUCAUUUUCUUAUUUAAUACUCAUAUAUUCGUCCCAUGUACAAGUAGCUGCGUAGCUCUGUAACUGUGUAGCACAAUAAAGGUAAGCGUCCGCAUCGCACGCAUCGUACGCAUUCCGUAUGACGUCAUCGGUACGCAUCGCAUGUAGGCAUUGCCGAUGAUGCGGUCCGUACGAUGCGGAUCAGUGGACGCAGUUGUAUGAGUUUCCAUACAAGACAAACAAAAAGCCGUUGCAUGCGAUGCGUACGAUGCGGAUCUGUGGACGCUUACCAUAAUUGACCAAUCCAAGGAAACAUGAAUUAAAACAUCAAAUAUUUUAUUUUGAACUUUAUUGACUAUGAGUUAUGCAAGUGAAAAUUUAUUUUAAUACAUAAGUAAUAAGGUCUAUAUUGCAAUGUGAGUUAUAACCAGCAAUAAGUACGAGAUUACGAUAAUAAAAUCAUUACAAAAUAAAGUGCCUGACAUUUAGUAAGGUAGACACUAGACAUCCAUAGUACGCUUUCAGCUAGGUUUAGACUUAGGUCAAACAUAAAUUAAUACCUAGGUAAUUAAAAAUAGUUGUCUUCAUUUUAUUGAAAAAAAAAACAUAAGUCUCUUAUUCUAUCCGCACUCACGACACAGAAGAAAAUCUUAGUCUGAAUUCAUCUUUUAAAUAAUUUUGCGGUAAUAACAUCAUGAGUUACCUAAAGUAUGGUAAAAAGAAUGGAUUUAUCCUGCUUUUUUUGUCGAUAUUCUUACUAAAUAUGACACAAUUACUAACCCUCUUAUAAAUAUACCUAGAUCCAAUAUCUAAUAAAUAAGUUACUAACAGAAAAAUCGACUAUUUGACUUUUCUUUCACCAUUUUUUUAGGGUUGGUCCCAUUAUGAAAAAUGGUUCUAGAUGAUUAUUGCGAAAAAAUAACCCCCUGUGUAAUGUCAAGUUUAUUAAAAGUUGUAUAGCUUCGUUUUCUAGAUAUAUUUGUACUAUUUGUAGUCGAUUAUGUUUAUUUAUUUUUAAAUUGUACCAUUUCUUUCAACAUUAUGUAGAUAGCUUGAAUUGGCUGACCAUGAUCAGUCAGAUAAGAUUUAAAUGGAUCAGUGCAUAAUAGAAUCAAUCAAUUAUACUUACCUACAUUCUAAGUAAAAAGCUUGUCCAAAUUGAACCUUUGCUUCAAGGAACCAAUCUACACUAUGAGAGUUUUAAGAAAAAAACAUAGUUUCAAUUUUGUAUACUUCAGGCCUUGUGGUAUGUACGAUUUUACUGCGCCUCAAUAAAAUCGGAGAAAAUGUGACAGCGGGGCUUGUAUUGUUGUAAGAAAUUAAUAAGUUUCUCUCAAGACCGUGGUAAGUGGCCGUUUUACAAAAAAAAAAAAAAAACCUAGUUAUUCGGUGAACUAAAGUUUGAUAAAAAUGGCUUUGUUUAAAAUCUGCAACUCUGUGUAGUGUUGGUUCCUUCUUGCGUAAAAGUCGAAUGAAUAAUUUUCUAUCUACAUGGUGUUGGAAAAAUGUGAAGCCAUUUUAUGAUUUUAUUAAUUAUAUUAGCCAGACUGUCUAAAUUUAAUGUUUUUGGUAUAUAAGUCGUGUGUUGUAAAUUAGAAAUUAAAUUAAGUGGAGAUUGUGUCUAACUUGAUAUGUUUGGGACCAGCUUUAGUUUUACAUGUUGAUUAAAUGGAAAUUACACUUACAAUAAAUUGUACAUGAGAUUUAAAGUGGAGAUUCAAUUGUAGUUUUCUAGUA